UUUUGAUCACUCACUCGAAUAUCUUACACAUUUCAUCUUCAUCAUUUUCAUCUGCAACAAAAAAAAUCCCCAGUGUUUAGAGAGAGAGAGUUGUAAGAGAAAAAAUGGAUUCAGCAGGAAAGGGGAAGAAGGGAGCUGGAGGAAGGAAAGGAGGUGGUCCGAAGAAGAAGCCAGUUACAAGGUCGGUAAGAGCUGGAUUGCAGUUUCCAGUUGGUAGGAUUGGAAGGUUUUUGAAGAAAGGGAGGUAUGCUCAACGUGUUGGUACUGGUGCCCCCGUUUACUUGGCUGCUGUUCUUGAGUACCUUGCUGCUGAGGUGUUGGAAUUGGCUGGAAAUGCUGCAAGGGACAACAAGAAGACCAGAAUCAUCCCAAGGCAUGUUUUACUAGCUGUGAGAAACGAUGAUGAGCUCGGAAAGCUUCUUGCCGGAGUCACCAUUGCACAUGGAGGAGUUCUUCCAAACAUAAACCCAGUGUUGUUGCCAAAGAAGGUUGCAGAGAAGUCUCCAAAGGAGCCCAAAUCUCCUUCUAAGGCUACCAAGUCCCCCAAGAAAGCAUAGAAUUUGUUAGUGGAUCUGGGGUUUUCCCCAUUUCUUGUUUCUGGUUUCAUUUUCUUUGUAUCUAUUGUCAGUAUAGAUGUUCGUAAUUAGUUUCUUUUUCUUUGAUAAGGGAUGGUGUUGGAUGUUGUAGUUGAGGGUUUCAUCAUGUGAAUUAAAUCGUGAUAGUUUGGUUAAUUCACUUUGUAAUGUUGCUAUCAAUGACAAAUAUUUUAAAUUUUCUCAUCUA